AGAGGGUGCAUCGUCGAAGCGUUGGAGGGUUUGAGGCAGUGAAACUGGCUGGCCUACAAUGUCCGCUAGUAUGCGGAGCACUUUGCAAACCGUUCCAGAAUCAGUGCCGGCCGACCACGUCACAAACUCCAAAAGAACGCGACCUGCCAAGCUGCCUGUGGAAGCCGAUCCAUUCGGUCGAUGAAGGAUCCAUGUUGAAGAAUUACCGCUGGUGCUGCACGACGUUCGAACAUUUUCCCAAAGUUUGCUGACGACGCGUGGAAAACUAUCGAAUCCCGCCGAGUGUAUCUCUUCUUUCUCGCGACGAGAGAGAGAGAGAGAGAGAGAUAGAGAGAGAGAGAGAAAUAGAGAGAGCGUUCGAACGCGAUAACCUCUCCGUCGAUCGACCAUGGAAGGUCGAGAAAGUGUGUUCUCUCGAGCCCAACCGAGCAGAAGCUCGGUUCGAUCGCAAGGCGAGCGGCAGAGUCUCGAAACGCCGAACGUCGCGACGACGGAGAACAAGCAACGUCAAAUCGGUGGAUACCGAUCCGCGAACAGAGAACCGACGAGUCUCACCUCGGCCCCCGGAAGGUACGUGGCGACAACUCGUACACCGAUGGACAAUUUGAAGCAGUGGGAGUUGGUGGAGCACGAUCAUCGUCUCCAAGUGAUAGAAAAGGGAAGCAUGGCGAAUCCUUCGUCGAAGGGUGGUGUCGUCAAACGUUCUCCGAGUGUCGCUGGCAACGACGCGACAUCGAUCGCCGGUAAAAAGGCUGUCGCGAUCGAAACGAGCUUCGAGGAGAAAUUGAAGGCGUUCAAAAACUCGAACAUCGUUCAGCCUAUCGCGGUUCGUCCUCGAUGCGAUGACGAUCGUUCCGACAGCGACGCCAAGCUUCCGGUCAAACUCGAACUGAUCCUGAAACAGCGAAAAGGUUCGGGCGCAGAGAGUACGGAUAUGCUUCAACGAUUGGAGCAGCAGGUCAAGGCCAUCGAAAUGGACACUCUCGCAGCCAGAACGCGCCAGUUGGAGAUCAGCUCGGAUUUCGAGCCAGAAAUUCUAUACACGGACCUUCGAUACAGGGAACACGAGGAUCUACUUCGAAACGUGACGGAUGACGAAGCCGAGGGGGCCUCUCCGUUGCAUCGAGGAGACGCGACGAGGAACUCGACGGGUAACGCGGGUGUUACAACGAAGAAAGCCACGACGAAAUUAUCAAGGACAGCGUCGGACACGAGGCGAGCACAGGAAGCGGAAGUGCCCCUUCGAGCGCAGACUAGGAUGGUGCAGCAAGCGCGCGCGUUCGUCGCGGCACGGGCCAACAACAACGCGAAGAAAGAUCAACGGCAGCAACAACGGCGACAAACCAAUGCGGUUAACAACGCGAUCAAACCGUCGUCAGACAUCAUGCAGAAGAGUGGCAUAAAUGAGAAGGAGACAGGGGAUGGCGUGGGAGUGUCGAGUAGCGGUGGUCGACUCUCGUCUCGAAGUCGGACCUCGGAGGAGCCCCACAUCGGCAAGUACAAAUUACUCAAAACAAUCGGCAAGGGUAACUUUGCCAAGGUAAAGCUUGCCAAGCACGUGCCUACCGGGAAAGAAGUGGCUAUCAAAAUCAUCGACAAGACUCAAUUAAAUCCCGGUAGUCUUCAAAAGCUGUUCCGCGAAGUAAGAAUAAUGAAGAUGCUCGACCAUCCGAACAUAGUGAAGCUUUUCCAAGUGAUCGAGACCGAGAAAACAUUGUACCUGGUAAUGGAGUACGCUAGUGGUGGUGAAGUUUUCGAUUACUUGGUUUUGCACGGUCGAAUGAAGGAGAAGGAGGCUAGAGCAAAGUUCCGGCAGAUCGUCUCUGCCGUGCAAUACUGCCAUCAAAAGAAGAUCAUUCACAGGGACUUAAAGGCGGAAAACUUGCUACUCGACAGCGAGAUGAACAUCAAAAUCGCAGAUUUCGGUUUCAGCAAUGAAUUCACUCCGGGCAAUAAGUUGGAUACCUUCUGCGGUUCGCCUCCUUACGCAGCACCCGAACUUUUCCAGGGUAAAAAGUACGACGGGCCCGAAGUAGACGUUUGGUCGUUGGGAGUGAUAUUGUACACAUUAGUGUCUGGAUCGCUGCCCUUCGACGGUUCGACGCUGAGAGAACUGAGGGAACGAGUACUACGAGGAAAAUAUCGAAUACCGUUUUACAUGUCCACGGAUUGCGAAAACCUGUUGAAAAAGUUUUUGGUGCUCAACCCGACGAAACGGGCCUCCCUAGAGACUAUUAUGAAAGACAAAUGGAUGAAUAUGGGAUAUGACGACGAUGAAUUAAAACCGUACUUAGAACCUGAACCUGAUUAUAAAGACCACAAGAGGAUAGGUGAGUCUGCCAAGGCCCUGGCUAGUAUGGGGUACACGAGAAGCGAAAUAGAAGAUUCCUUAGGACAGGCAAAGUACGAUGACGUAUUCGCCACGUACUUACUCUUAGGAAGAAAGACAACCGAUCCUGAAUCCGACGGCUCGCGGUCAGGCAGUUCAUUGUCGCUGCGCAACAUUCCACCGCAAGCUGGUUCGGGAGGCGGCGGCGGCGGAGGAGGAGGUGGCGGAAGCGGUGGAGGCACAGGCGGCGCUGUGCAGAGUCCGUCGCAUAGAGGUGUUCAUAGAAGUAUUUCCGCUAGCAACCCAAAACCAAGUAGACGAGUCUCGUCCGGUCUUGAAACGCUUCGAGCAGCACCAAGUCCAGGAAACGCAACGAACCAUAAUCACGCGACUGCUACGACUGGUGGAACGGUGACUGGUGGCAGCGGUAGUAAUUUUAAGAGACAAAAUACCGUGGACGCGGCCACCAUCAAGGAGAAUACCGCUCGUGUUUCUGCGAGUCGACCUUCGGCUCCUAAAAACAGUCCUGGCCAAUUAGAUACUAUGACAAUGUUCAUUCUAGGCGUGGGUACAAGUCCCGGUGGUAGGGCAUGGGCAGGCAAGAGCAAUACGAUGAACGCAGGGGUAGGUGGUGGUCGGCCUCUUACCUCACCUGCCCCUGGUUCUGUUGGUCGACGUAGUACCAUCUCCUAUGAUCAAGCGAAAACGUCCUCCUCGUCUACAGAAAGAACCAACGACGCACCCAGCCUUGGCGAGGGCACUAGACCAACGCGGGGUCACACCAAGUCUGCGAGCAUCAGCGCAGGUCACCGUUCCUCGAGUGGCGUACCCCCCAGCGACCAUUCACUACUGGACCCUCAACCACGCAACGCCCACAACUCCUUACUCGCCACUGCUGACCCUCUUAGACAGAGUUUGGGUGUAUCUCCAAGCAAUAGACUGGCGACGCCUACAACACCGGCAUUUCCGAGAAAUGUCCCAAGCCGUAGUACGUUCCAUUCUGGCCAGAAUAGAGCUCAGCGAAAUCAUACUCAGGGUCAUACGCAUACACAGGACACAAAUGCAAUUAGUCCAUUAGCGAGACCGUCCUUCUUCUCCAAGUUAUCCUCGAGGUUCUCCAAACGCCCCAUGGACCCAUCCGUACCUCCCAAGCACCCAGUAGUGAGCGGAGCAACCACUAACGACGAGCAGGUUAAACCACGCAGUCUACGUUUCACUUGGAGUAUGAAAACUACGAGUAGUCGAGAUCCGAACGAAAUCAUGUCCGAAAUUCGAAAGGUGUUGGACGCCAAUAAGUGUCAGUACGAGCAACGCGAAAGGUUCCUGCUACUGUGCGCACAUGGAGACGCGGCUACAGAUAGCCAAGUACAGUGGGAGAUAGAAGUCUGUAAACUGCCACGACUUUCUCUGAACGGUGUACGGUUCAAACGGAUCUCAGGCACAUCGAUCGGCUUCAAAAACAUUGCUAGCAAAAUAGCGAACGAACUCAAGCUGUGACUGCCGACAACAGGCGCUCUAUCCACUCGCGCCAACCCAUAACGCUCUCGUGAUCGAUGACGCAGAUUCACGGUUACCGACGACUUUCAGUUUUCCUUCUUCUGGGACUUUAACCUCGUCGACGAUACCGAUACCGACACCGAUACCGAUACCGAUACCGACAUCGAUACCGAUACCGAUACCGAUACCGAUACCGAUACCGAUGUCGAUGCCGAUGCCGAUGCCGAUACCGACGCCGACGCCGACGCCGACGCCGACGCCGAUGCCGAUGCCGAUGCCGAUGCCGAUGCCGAUGCCGAUGCCGAUGCCGAUGCCGAUGCCGAUGCCGAUGCCGACGCCGACGCCGACGCCGAUACCGAUACCGAUACCGACACUGACAUCAACGUCCAUACCGAUACCAAUACCGAUAUUGAUUCCGAUUCUGAUUCCAGUUCUGGUUCCGGUUCUAACCCUCGUUCCGAAACCAAUAAUCGAGAAAUAUUCGUUUGAACGAUUGCCCGAAUUUUGUCCCAGUCGAACAACGAAAGUAACGUCGGCCGAAUCAAAUUCUCACACUGAUCAUCGAUCACCGAUCGUCGAUCAUCGAUCUAUCAACGCGUUACGUCGUCGUCCUGCUAUUUACUCGGAAGCCUCGAAGAUACUGUGAUCCGUGACCGUUGAACGCGCGCGUAUUCAAAUACUCCCGAGUGCCAAAACGAAAUGAAACAGUCGGUUCUUCGUGAAAUCGUUACUGCACGCGGACCGAUACAAUGACAGGAAGAUUGGGAGUGCGAGGAGAAUGGAGUGUUGCCGAUCAGACAACGAUGAACGAAAGAAUGCAAUGGCCACGGAAAUGGGAAAAGAGGCGAGGCGAAAGGAAGAAGGAAAAAGGAGAACAGAAAUGUCGAAUUAUCAUCGAACGCUACGAUCGCGGUAACACGAUUUUGACGUUCUUCUCGUUGGUAUACAAAGGAUAGUUCCUGACAACCUCGAUACCUCGAAGGUAUCGUACGCAUCGUCGUAUCGAUCGUUCGAGACAUGCUCGAUCAUGCACACGUCACACAGGAGCGGUCGCCGUCACGUUAGAACUUGAAACGCUACGCGUUUACAGUAUUAUAUAUUGAGAGUUAUUUUAUCGAUGUUACAACACUGUUUCCGGUGAAACUGAAAAAUUGCCGUUUUGCGUAACUCAGGCCAAUCUUAUAUUCGGUUACAUUCUACUUUUUUAGAAUUACACUCGAGCUUUCUUUAUUCUCGAAUUUCUUUUCUCUUGCCGCUAAAUAGUCAGGGCCGAAACUCGUUAAUGGAAAACAUAUUACGUUCUAUGUAAACUGUGCCUAACGACGCGUAUCGAUAGAAUUGACAAACUGUCUUCUCUGCGAACAAGGUAGGGAACAAGGGGAUGAAGAACCGCAUUUUUCGGAGAAAAACGAAUGUUCUAGAGCGAGACGUUCGAUCGAGCGCGCAUUGUGCAGAACAUCUACUACGUCGUGAGUCUUUCUUUUCGCAACGUUCACUUUUCGAAUUGUUUUAUAUGUGAAGAGCACUUAAGAAGACAAGCGGUCUCUUUGUACAUAAUCGAUCAAACUAUUCAAGUAAUCUGUAAAGGAAUACGUAGACUUUUACUCGUAACAAAAGCAUCUUUACACACUUGUCAUUCGUUGAAGGUUGAAGGUAUUUCAACCAUUUCGAAAUAUUACGCGAGUGUAUCAACACGUCCGCGCCCAACCAUUUAUCCUUUCAAAUAUUUUUACAACACCUUACUUUUUUAUCUAUAUCGUAAGUUUAAAAACUAUGCAACAUUGUAGGCAUCAGCCAAAUUAAUUAAUUAACUCGUUAUUAUUACUAUUAUUAUUAUUAUUAUUAUUAUUAUUAUUAUUAUUAUUAUUAUUAUUAUUAUUAUUGUUAUUAUACAUAUUUUUAUUUUUAUUUUUAUCAAUAAUGUACCAAUAAUAUUACGACACAAUGUUAAACGUGUCGGAACGAGAUAGAGAAAGAGGAGCUACUAAUUAUCGUAACUUAAGGAUUAUUAUUGAUCGAAUCCACUCGUAUAUAUCUCGCGCGAGUAACGAUGCAAGUAAGUACUUUGCUCCGAAGCGAUUCCGGGAUAUACCUAGCAAAUAUGCACGCGCGCACGACAUCGUCGAUAACGAGAUCUGUUAUUUCUACGAAGGAUACUAUGUAAGAUUAUAUUUAAGUAUUGUAAUUGGCUAUAUACUAUUACGCUAUUUAACCUUUUAUUCGCAGAUGUAUUCGCGGUUGAAUGAACUUAAAUUAGGAAUUAUUGUAAAUGUAGAGGCGUCUAGAGAGACUUGGUGUAUAUACAUAAUAUAAUAUACGAAGGUACUAAAUUAACCAAAUAAAUGAAGCCUCAUACACUAUGAAUGCAAAUAAGAAAUUUAAAAAAACGGCGAAAAAAGGGAAGGAAAAAGAGAGAAAGGAAUAGCGGAGCGGAAAGAGGAAGAGGAGGAGGCAAGGGAAAGAGAAGAAAAGACAAGAAGAAUAGUGGAAACAAAGCAAGGAGAACGAAAGAGAGAAAGUUCGAGACUCGAGUAUCGCGCAAUCUUUUUAUAUUUGCCUAAGAUUGAUCGUCUACAUUACACAACAGGCAAUGACUAAUUUAUUUAAAUAAAUACAAAACUCGAAUGAUUUUUUCACGUUUCUAACACGCGUUAAAAAAAAAACCACACGAACGUGCCUCCAAACGUCGAGCAAAAUCUUCGUUUUCAAUUCGAUGAAAACUCUUCAUUGUUCAGCGCAUGUUUCUCCGGUGCAUGGUUCUUUCGAGUCGCCGGAAACGACCGAUAACGACCAAGUAUUAUUAUCAACGAUCUGUGACAAUGUCGUUCUCGCGUUCGUAGAACGAAUUCGCGAAAACUCAGUUUUCGAUCUACGAUUAACUACUGUGCGUAUAGCGUUUAAGUGUAACUUCAUCAAUAUCUUUUCCUUUUAUGACCCAAAUAAGUUGCAAGCAAAUCGUCUUUCGACUAGUCUUCGAUGAAGCUUCGUAUUUCGAAGUGUUAUUCGUAUCGAGCCUCUCGAUACGAAUAAUUAUGCUAUGUCGGACACGAUUUUCGACGAAUGAUAUGUAAUACAGCGAACGGAAGAUCCUUGUGACACAAGUCGAAUCGCUGUCCGAAUUUCCGAUCCGUAAACUCUCCCUUUGUCGAUUCCUUUACGUAUAAAAAAGAAAAGAAAGCAAGAGAAAAGAAAUGGACGUGAAAACAGAAGGAACAGAUAAAAAGGAAGGAAGGAGAAGAAGUUUGAAGCAAUGGCAGACAUGGAGAAGUAGAGAAGGAAGUAGUAAACGAAAAAAGGGAAAAAAAAGAAUGUAGAAUCUGUUCGCAAUGAUCACGCGUGUCAAUGAAACAGCACUGUGUAUAAUUCCAGAUGCAAUCGUCGUUGUGCAAAAAAGACACGAUACUGUAGAAAACUGUAUCUUUACCAUAGCAAUUAUGAAUUAAUGUUACAAAAUAAGAUCCUUCGGUAGCGUUAAUGAUAUAUCCCUGUAAGAUGCAAGUAGGCGCGAAAACGGUAUUCCACUGUAACGAAAUAAAUACACAUUCGUUCGUUCGUUCGUUCGUUCGUUCGUCCGUUCGUUCGUCCGUUCGUUCGUCCGUUCGUUCGUCCGUUCGUUCGUCCGUUCGUUCGUCCGUUCGUCCGUUCGUUCGUCCGUUCGUUCGUCCGUUCGUUCGUUCGUUCAUUCGCUCGCUCGCUCGCCGCUCGCCAUUCGCUUGCUUCGUCAAAUAAAUAUGUAAAUUGAUGAUCGAUGCUUAAAGAGAAGAACUCGAGUUUAAGAGGAAUACUAGUGGACAAGUAAAUCGUAAGAUGGAAAAGCUGAACGGAUGACACACCAGCGCAGCGAUUCGAAACGGCGAGCGCAUGGUUCGCUCGUGUCGCGCGUUUACCCUCAUCGCGCUGCACCGCGAAACAAAAAGCUUUUGUGAUUUUUCUAUUAUGUAAGUAGUAAAACGAUAGAGGGAGAAACGAAUACCGAAUCUGAUCCGGUCCGAUCCGGUUCGAUUCGAUUUGAUUUGGUUUGAUUCGAUACGGUUCGGUUCGGUUCGUCAUCCAUCCAGUGACAUCACUUCGCCCUGCACGCACACAUAUAUACACACACCUACACAACACACGGUCAAACAUAUGCGACAUACACGUAACAAUUUGUAGAUAGGUACGUACAUACAGCUUUGCUAAGUGUUUUCUGGUGAUCGGUAUUUAGCCAACAAAAUGUAGCAGAAACAUUUAUAAUAAAAUGGUAACACACA